AUGUUUUAUUCUUUUCACUCUAGUAUCUUUCUUACUGCUAUCCUUGGCCUGCCAGAAGCCUUAAUCCCUGUCCAAUUGCUCUGGGUUAAUCUUGUAACAGAUGGAUUACCUGCCACUGCACUAGGAUUUAACCCCCCUGACCUGGACAUCAUGGAUAAGCAACCCCGCAAUCCUAGGGAACCACUAAUCAGCGGGUGGCUUUUCUUUAGAUAUCUUGCAAUUGGAGUUUAUGUAGGUCUGGCCACUGUGGGAGCUGCCACAUGGUGGUUCCUGUAUGAUGAAGAUGGACCACAGGUGACAUUUUACCAGCUGAGACACUUCAUGAAGUGUACCUCUGAGAAUCCAUUGUUUGAAGGAAUUGACUGUGAAGUGUUUGAGUCUCGCUAUCCCACUACCAUGGCCCUGUCUGUGCUGGUAACCAUUGAGAUGUGCAAUGCCCUCAACAGGUAA